AUGGUAGGCCAGUCCCUGCGCGUCGGCGGCAACGCGUUCGAUGGCAACUUGGGCAAGUACAACCUCAUCAUGGAAUCGCUCGGGCUGGCAUUGUACAUCAACGGCGUCACCACGAACCCGCUCCCUUACUACUACUACUCCGACGGCAUGUUUGGAAUCGCCGAGAGGCUAACUCAUCCGCCUAUCGUUUUUCCGGGAGCCGACGGCAACCUGGCUACCGGGACUGGGGCCUGGGAGACGACCUUCGCCUUCUUCUCCAACGAGAUCGAGACGCUGAGCGCGUGCGCGCUGCCGAGCAGGUACGACGACUUCGGGGUCUGCGAGAACGAGAUGUGCGUGGCUUACCCCUCACGGAAGGGAUUGCGGGGGUGGAGCAGGAGCUGUGCGGGGCCAAAGCUGGGCGACUGCAGCAAGGAUGUGGACUACUACGAGGAGGGGAGGGGGACGGUGGAGCUGCAGGAAUGA